GUUACGUUUUGUUGCACAAAUAAAUGAAUGUCACUUUGACAGCUCCGGGUUACGAUAUAUUUUUCGUUUACCCGUUUUCUGCGGAGGAUUUCACUUAAUUCUACGUACCAUCGUAAGAAGCAGAUGAUCCACUAUGAAUUUGUUAACAAAAACAAACCAUUUGAGAACGGUAACUUUUAUUUUUGUAGAUUUACGAAAAAUAACCUCAAAAGUCUGCAUAAACAAGGCUGCCACACGCAGCAAAAGUGCGAAUUUUCACAUGCUAAAUAAUGAUAAAGUGAAAGUGGUGAUUCCUCUAACAAAAAUCAUUACAAAUUCAAAAUUAAUUGUUGUCAUUUUAAACAGUGAAAGUGAUUUGUAUUACAAGCAGGAAACUGUUGUACGUCCAAGAAAAAACAAUUCGCUUGUUGUAGUUUAUAACCUAAAAAGUUCAUUAUGAAGAAAAUCAUUUUAGUAUCUAGGAAUAUUUGCAGUAACAUCACAUUUUGUAGAUAUAAAAGUGAUUCGGUUAGGGUACGAUUCGCUCCUAGCCCUACAGGCUAUUUACAUCUUGGGGGACUUCGUACAGCCCUUUACAACUUCCUUUUUGCAAAAAAAUACAACGGGAAGUUGAUAUUACGUAUUGAAGACACCGACCAAACCAGGCUGGUACAAGGUGCUACUGAUCAGAUAUUGAAAGAUUUACAUUGGGCUGGAAUAGAGAUAGAUGAGGGACCAUCUAUUGGUGGAGGCUAUGGGUCAUACCUGCAGUCUCAAAGAUUGGAAAUAUACAGGAAUCAGGUUGAAGUCCUUUUGAAAAACAGAUCAGCUUAUCAUUGUUUCUGUACUGAAAAACGUCUUCAACUGCUCAGAAAGGAAGCAGUACGGGCCCAGGAGAUUCCAAAAUAUGAUAAUAAAUGUAGAGACCUGUCAAAAGAAGAAGUAACAACCAGGCUGCAGAGGGGUGACCCAUCUUGUAUAAGGUUCAAAAUAAGUGACAAAGAGGAGAGUUUUGAAGACCUGGUUUAUGGCCAAAUAUCAUACAAUAUUUCUCUAAAUGAGGGAGAUCCAGUUAUAGUAAAAUCUGAUGGCUUUCCCACUUAUCACUUUGCUAAUGUGGUAGAUGAUCACUUUAUGAAUGUUUCACAUGUUUUGCGAGGCGUAGAGUGGCAGAUUUCUACCACGAAACAUCUACUGCUUUACAGAGCGUUUGGUUGGGAACCACCAAAGUUCGCCCAUCUCCCAUUAUUGAUGAAUUCCGAUGGGACAAAAUUAAGUAAACGACAAGGUGAUGUGAAGAUCAGUUAUUACAGGGAGAAUGGAAUAUUCCCUUUAGCCCUCUUGAAUUUCAUAGUGCAUUCUGGUGGGGGAUUUACUAAAGACUUAGAGAGACAUUUGAAACCAAAGUGUUAUACUGUAGAAGAAUUAGCUGAACAAUUUGACGUGUCAAGAAUAAAUCCUAGCUCUGGAAAAUUAAUGUCCGAAAGACUACUUGAGUUUAAUAGGUUAGCUUUGAAAAAACACAUCGAGGAUAAAAAUGAAAAAACUAAAUUAGUGGCCGAUUUAAAACAGAUGUUAAAGGACAAAUACCGCAGCAGGGUUCAAGAGGGUUCACUACAAUUAGAUGACGAUUAUAUAAAAAAUAUACUCGAGUGGUCUGUAGAUCGUAUUUCGAAACUUUCCGAUUUGACAGAGAAAAAUUUCGAAUUUAUUUGGGCGAUACCGACAGCGCAAAAUGUCUCCGAGGAUAAGAUGUAUGUCAUAAAUUUAUUUAAAAAGAAAUUUGAGGAUCUUGAUGAACUGCACACCGAUAAAUUGAACUUAUUCAUGAGGUCGUUUUGUAAGGAAAAUAAGAUAAAGUUUGGAGAGUUUAUGAAGACGUUGAGGUACAUUUUGAGUGGCCUAAAGGAAGGACCAAGUGUAGCAGAAAUGAUAAGCAUCCUAGGCAAAAGAAGCACUUUGGAGCGGCUGGGCAUGUGCAUAAACAGUGUUAAAAAAUAAAACAACCUACUAUCAUGUAUCAUAUAUAUUUAUUCAAUACAGUCAUGAGUAUACAUUUUUGGAUCACAAAUGAAGUAUUGAUUAUAAAAAGUAAUAAAUAAAAGCCAUUAACAAUUC